UUGGUCCGUCAUUUGUCAGCCUUACGCGGAGACUUACAACAUAUCAAAAUUAUUAUGAUAUUUCAUCACAGAUUUUUGAAAGUUUUCAUGCAAUUUUAGUUCGUAUGCUCAAUUAUGGGAAAUGGAGCAAGUGUGAAUAUUACUCCGGUGAAAGGAGCUGAUAGACUGAAUAGGGAUAAUACUGUCGUUAGGUCUGUGCAAAAUGGGCAUGGUCCUCGAUCUAGAUCUACAGUGAGUGCCAGAACAAAUAGAUCAGACCAAAGUAAAUCGUCCGGAGAAAAUUAUGUACCAUCAAAAAUCGUGAAAAUGGAAGGAAGGCGAAUUUCGUUGAAAUUUGCUACGUUCAAAUUUGGUGACUUCCGGCAACUUACCUUCUCCGAAUCACACCACUUUUAUACAGACGAGGACGAGAAAACACUGGAAGAGAUACCACCACCGCAUUCUCCUUACACAAGGAAAAAUGAGUUCUUCGAUCCGGAGGAUUAUGCUGAGGUUGACAAAUGCGCUUCUGGUAUUCCGAAAUCAAAGGCGACAUCAGGGACAUUAAAAUCUUUAGUGUCCCUUCUAACAGACCAAUACGAGGACGAUAUGUCAAAGGUCAGGGCCAUUUAUGUGUGGUUGACCUCACUCAACAUCAAUAAACUGUCUCAUCCUUUAAAGAACCCAAAAGUCGGUUACACGAUGUUCUAUCUUAUGAAGAUAAAAGAAAGACUUGGAAAUUAUUCUCAGCUGUUUAAUAGAAUGUGCAAUAUUGCUGGAAUUCCUUGUGUUGUAAUACAUGGAUACCUAAAAGGUAACACAUAUGAAAUAGGACAAAAACUGGACAUAAAAACUCACUACGGUGAAUGGAAUGCGGUUUUGAUUAGCAGUCAAUGGCGGUUUAUUAAUGCGUUCUGGGGAGCAUGUGCACUCGGAAGUGAGAAAGCAGUAAAUGCUGCUCAGUAUAAACCUGAUGAGAACUAUUUUGUUCCUGAUCCGCAGCACUUGAUUCAUACGCACUUUCCAGAAGAGGAAAAAUGGCAGUUAUUAGAAGAUCCAAUCACGUUUAAAGAAUGGGAGGAAAAAGCUUACUUAAAAGAACGAUUUUUCGAGUUAGAAUUACGUCUUUUGUCUCAUCAAGAGUGUGAAAUUACUACAGAAAAUGGAGAAAUAGAAAUGAUGUUUGCGCUACCGAAAAAGCGAGCAAAAGAUUUGAAAUUUAUGGCAUUAGUUUAUAUGAAGGAGUUUAAUGAAUGGAAAAUCUUAGAUGACAAGAAAGUUCAACAUGACUUCAUUCACGUGCCAAUAGCGGAAGCACUUGUAGUAAAACUACGCUUUCCCAAACGCGGAAUUUAUCGGUUUGAACUCGUUGGUAAAGACACAACAAUUACAGAAAAGGAUUAUGACUUCGAUUGGGUAGCCAUUUAUAAAAUCAAAUGUGAACAAGCUGCUAGUCCAUACUCCGGAUUUCCAAGAGUUGGCGCAGCUGGUUGGGGUCCUAACAAUGACCAUCGGCUGGAGGAUCUUGGAUUAACUCCUCUCAAGCAUACACAAGGGAUGAUAUUUGCAAAAGACGGUUUCACAAAACUCAGGUUUAAAUUCGAAGAACCAGAAUUAGAAGACUUACAGUUGUCAGUGAAAAUGAUAACGGUGAAAGAAUCUUUGGAUGAGGUUCCGACUGAAACCGAGGGUAUCCGAGUUGAAUCACAUGAUAAGCAUGUGAUUGAUAUAGAAACAACACCCGGAGAAGAGGCAGCAGCGUGUGUUUUUGCUCUUGUUGAAGACAAAACGUAUGGAUCAGUUGAAGUCAAUAUUUGUAACUAUUUGAUUGUUAGUUUUCCUAUAGAUGAAAUAACAUUGAAAGACAUAGAAUCAACGCGGAAAACUUUGUUAUUGGCUAUUGAACAGAAGAAGCUCGAUUUGUUGGAAAGAGCAGUAGAUAUAGUAGAAACAAAAAAUUACGAAAGACAUAUGCCUAAGGAAACUGAAACAGCUCGAGAUCUGAUAGCACGUCUUCGUAAUAUACAGAGACUAAUGCAUGAUGUUCUGGCAUUAGAUAACAGAGUGUUCGCUGAGAUUCGAUCAUAUCCGAGUCCUAUUCCGGAAAUUCACGAUGUGAUGAAAGCAGCACUGCUUCUUUUGGGAAAUUUCGAAGAGGAGACAAAGUACUGGGACAAUGUACAAGCAUUGCUUGGUAAAAUUGGUAAAGAAUCAAUUAAAAGACGUAUAGCUUUGUUUGAUAUUGAUACAUUAGAGCUUGAUAUAGCUUUAGGUGCCAGGAAGAUGUUAGGGAAUCUUCUGAUUGACAAUGUUAACCAGGCUAGUGCAGGAGCAGCGACAUUUUAUGUAUGGGUGCAAGGAAUUGUGAACGAAAUGCAAAGUCGGUAUUCAGAUAUGAUUGGAUUAGUUGCCCCUCGAACUCAUCUGAUGAGUGGACAAGGAAAGCCACUUCAAAUGGUUUUAGAUGUGAAUGAAUAUAUGGCACUUCAUGACAUAUGAUUACCUUGAGAGGUAAUGGGAGUCAUAGAAGAAGUUGAACGACGAAACUACAAAGUGAUUGACAAUACAUUCCCAAGGACGAAACGUCAGAAGAAAUAAUUAUAUGGAUUCGUCAAAAAAUAAUUGUAUAGUUUAUACCAUCGAUCAUGUUUGUGUAGUACACUUAACACGCUGUCAAAACUUUUAUUUAGAAAUACAUUUACCAAAAUACAAAAAAUCUAAUAAGGACACAAACAGCAAACUUACAUAGACUAGAAAACAAAAUCUUCAUUACGACACUAACUCAUCGCUCAACUUUUUAAAAGUACCAAAGUUUUAUAACCAAAAUACUGGCUUUUGAAAAAAAGUAAACUGUUACCAUUUAUUUUGCUCUUAAAUUGGAAAAAAAACAUAAUGGGGAAUUUGUUAUAUGUGAACAUAUUUUUUCUGAACAUGGUUAUAAUGCAAACAUAUUUGUAGGUCUAAAAACGAAAUUGAAUACUUCAAUUCAUUAUUUUUUUUCAUAUUUGUUUCACUGAAAUUUAAAAUUAUGAUCAUUUGUUUUAGGAAAUUUCUGUUUUAUGUCACCACACAAUUUAAUGUAUUUUUAGUAUGUUUGUAAGCAUAGAUAAUUAAGAAAUGAUAUGCAUUCCUUGUAGAUUAUAUACAUUUACACCAAUACUGUAAAUUCUAACCAUAUGUAAAACCAUAAAAUGACAUUACAUUUA